AUGACAACCAGCCCAAGAGAUAUCUCAAUCCCCACCCGGGUUGGUGGACGAUGUUCUCUUUAUGCUGUGCAUUUGAACUUCCGGCUGCUAGACACCCGUGUGCCUUGCAGCUUCAACAACCGUCAGCUUCGCGGGGACGUGACAGUGAAGAAGGCGGACAAGAAGAAAGCGGUUCCGAGUUUGAAACUAGGCCCCUCCCCAUACCCUCAGUGGCCUGGGACGUCGAAGUAUAGGCGCUUCUUCACGGCCCAGUCCAGCCUGUCGUUGGUUGGCAAGGCCAAUGCCGCCGACGCGGAGAAGCGCAAGAGGCGCCGGAGCCUGGCCCUCAUCCUCUUCCACCAGCUCAGCGCCGUGGGGCUCAGCAUCCUGACGUUCCAUGCGCGUGCACAGCUGCUUCUGAAAGCUUUUGGCGGUGAUGACGCCCGUGUGGCACGGCAUAUAGGCGUCGGAAGCGCCAUCGUGUCCAUCCUGGAUUUGGCCUUGUCGCCGUUGGCUGGCCGGGCCUCUGAUUGCUUCGGGCGAAGGCCAAUGAUGUUUUUGCUGCCUGCGGUGUCCCUGCCGCUGAAGCUGCUAGCCUUUUGUUUUCCCACACCGCUGUUCCUGCAAAUUGAGCGGAUUGUCACGGACUCGCUCCGCACGCUUUGUGGGACAACGAUGACGAUGACCUGCCUGGCCGACCUCUACGACGGGCCUGGGUACACGACUGCGCUGGGCUCCCUCAAUGCGGCGACAGGGGUGGCCCUCGUCCUGAUGCCCCAACUCGCCACGCUCCUGAUCGGGCGACGGGGCGUGGCACCCCGCCGAGCUUUUGCCGGCGCUGCGGCGCUCGCGGCGCUUCACUACAUCUUGGCUUCGAGGUUCAUGGAGGAGACCAACGAGUCCCUCGAUGAGCCUGGCACCAGCCCUCUGCUGUCGAUAAAGAGGCUCAGCCCGGGCGGGCAGGGGUCUGGGAUGCUGCUGGCUCCAGUGCAGUUCCUCCGGCUCUUUGCUGCGGGGUCUCGGCUGCGGCGCCGGGCCGAGCUCUUCGCGCUGCACUGCCUUGUCGAGGGCAAGGUGGUGCAGGACCAGGUCGCUGCCGUCCAGCUCAAACUCGGCUGGGAUGCUGGAGCGAGGUCCUGGUGGACAUCCGGCCUCGGCGUUGCCCUGGCCUCGGGCGGCCUUUGUGGACCCCUUCUCAGGCGGAUGGGCGAACACCGCUUUCUCUCCACCUGCCACAUGGCCUCCUUUGCCGCCUUCCUCUGCUUCAGGAGGUCCCGGCUUGCCGCCGGCCUCGUCCCGCUGAGCCUCGGCGGCCAGCGGCGCUUGGUCUCGGCGGCCUGGCUCGUGGAGGAGGCGCAGAGCUCCGGCGUUGGCCGCGGCGAGGUAGUGGGCUGGAUGGCCAGCCUGCGAGCAGCCUCGGAGGCAUUCGUGGCGCUGCUUUCGCAGUCUGUCUACGAGUGGGCCUAUGCGCAGGGCGUUCCUGCCAACGUCUUCCUUUUGCCGACUCUGCUCAUCGUCUUUGCGGAGCUGCAAUGCACGCGCAUUGCGCUCAUCGACGACGACUGUGAGAGUCGCCGGCUCCUUCCGCGUUCGCUCCGUGCCCGCGGCGCCUGGAGAGUGAGACUGCCACCGCGCGAUGGCGAGCCGCUAGGUCUGGGGUUGGACCUUCUGGACCCGGCCAUACCGCAGAUCUGCUCCAUCGUCCCGGGUUCCAUUGUUGAGAAGCACAACGCCACGCUCGAUGACGCCGACCGCAUCAAGGUGGGGGACUUCAUCCUGGAGGCCAAGGGCGUCCGCGGCGAGGCGCUGGCCAUCGCCGACUCGCUGGAGUCUUCUCCCGAUGGGCUGUCCCUUCUCCUGCAGCGGCCGCCGCCUCGUAGAAUGCGGCUCUCAGCCAAAGCGCUGGCCCCACACGCGCAGGAGCUCCUGUCCCUCACCUCGCUGCCUUCCAGCGUGUCACUCUACGCCACGCGGGACCUUGGCACGGAAGGGGCAGAGCUCAGGCGCCACGACCGCCUCGUGGCGGCCGCGGAUGCUGUGGGCGUCCGAGAUGGCGCUGCCGAGGUCCGGGCGGCGCUGGAGUUGGCCCUCCGAGGCUCAGAGCCUUUCUACAUCUCCGUGGUCCGGCCGGGCAUUGAGGGCAACUAG